AUGGCAAACAAGUCAGCCCUUAUUUUAGCUAAACAAUUACAAGAACUUACUAAAAAUCCAGUAGAUGGAUUUUCAGUUGGAUUAGUUAACGAUUCAGACAUUUAUGUAUGGCAAGUAAUGAUUGUUGGUCCUCCAGACACAUACUAUGAAGGAGGAAUGUUUCAAGCCACACUGACUUUCCCAAAAGAUUACCCUAACAACCCACCAAAAAUGAAAUUUAUUUCAGAGAUUUGGCACCCAAACGUAUACAAAACAGGUGAUGUUUGUAUUUCUAUACUUCACCCACCUGGAGAAGAUGAAUUUGGGUAUGAAAGUGCUGCUGAAAGAUGGAACCCAAUACAUUCCGUAGAGUCAAUUUUAAUUAGUGUAAUUUCCAUGCUUUCUGCCCCUAAUGAUGAAAGUCCAGCAAACGUUGAUGCUGCUGUGGAAUGGAGAAACAACAGAGAAGAAUUUAAGAAAAAAGUGAGAAGAUGUGUAAGAAAAUCAAUUGAAGGAUAA